AUGGCGAAGGCAGUUGCACCUAGUGCUACGACACUCCGCUGGCGUUCCCGAGUAACCAAAGUAGCCGCUUCUUCCGUGGACGAAGAUGAGGAGGAUGAUGUCAGAGUCGGCAGCAACAUGACACACAAUCACAAUAACAGCGCAAUUUUUGGAACGCUCGAGUCGAAAACAAGUCGAACGAGCGUUUCUGCUAACCGGGCGCUAAUUUGGACGGCGUUGGCAGCACUCGCUGUCGGCUGCAACAUUUACAAUCUCCGACUCCUCCAUACAUGGUUCGUGACGAUAACCUGUGCGCUCAACGUCGUUUGUGCUCUCCUGUCCGUAUGGCAACGGCAGCGCCUUCGUAGGCUAGGAAAUUUACGCUCCAUUCACAACAAGGCACGGAUGCGGGUACAGCAAAUGCACAGUCAGAACGAACGCUUAUAUCGUCAUUUAACGUCACUUGAUCGCAGUGUCGAUCGAUUACAAGCGGUGCAGGCCAGUCUCGAUCAAAUAGUCGGGGAACAGAGAGGACAGGAAGAUUGGAAUCGGCUAGGGCGCGUAGUGACGGAAUAUCGUGAUACGCAGGACGGUAUUAAAAUGCGAUUGCAGCAACAGGCACAAGAGCGCAUUCUACGAGUGGUGCUGCAGACUGAUUCAAAUGCCAAUUUUGAGCUGUCUGGUCAGGAAACAGAGCGAUUAGUUUUGCAACUUUCCAAUUUGCCGGGGUUGUCGUUGCACGAGCUUCAGUUACGCGAAGUAAUCGCCAACAGCGACAAAUCCUUGUCAACGAUUGUACGACUCCUAAAACAAGUCGUUGAGGAUGGCAAGGAUCCAGAUCACGCUAGCGUCUUUGAGUUUGACGCACGGUCCGCCGUUUCGGAAUCUCACGACGCCAACCUACUGGGACUGUAA